AUGCUAAUUUAAAUUCGUAUUUUACACACUAUAUAGAAAAAAAUAGUUAUUUUUUUAUAAAUAUUUUAAUGUUUCGCAGGAUUAACAGGCGAAAGCACUACCUCUGAAGUUCCAACCAAGUAACUCUGGUAAAAUUUUAACCAUAGUUGGUUCAUUCUUCGCACUUAAGCUACAACAAACAAAAAAGAAGUAAGUUCAAAACUAGAGAACGUGAGCGGCACUGUUCUUUCUUUGUUUAUUGUUCUUGUUCUUCAUUCACACCCCAUUCUCUCUCUCAAACGUUCAAACCCUGAAACCUUUCUAUCUUUUUCUUUUGAUUAUUAUUUGGUGAGACUGAGACGUGUUUGUUUUUUCUCGGAGCUUUUGAUUACUUUAACAUUUUGGUUUGCUGGUAAUAUUCCUUUUUCGUCUUCAGUUGUUACACUUUUGGCCCCUUUUUAGGUUUCGGUGAUUUUCCGGAGACCCAGGUUGGAAUUCGCAAGAUCUAAGGUUUUCUGGAUUUGAGUGUUGCGAAAGUAGAGAUUUUGUUGGGUUUUGGGGAUGAAGAUUGAGGUGGGGUUGGGAGGGGUGUGGAAUGAGGAUGAGAAAGCGACAGUGGUGGAGGUUCUGGGUCGAGAGGCGUUCGAUUACUUGGUGGCGAAUUCGGUUUCGAACGAGAAUCUGUUAAUGGCGUUUGGGAGCGGGGAGAAUCUGCAGAACAAGCUGUCGGGUCUCGUUGAGCGCCCGAACGCGUCGAACUUCAGUUGGAACUACGCCAUCUACUGGCAAAUUUCGCAGUCAAAGUAUGGCGAUUGGAUUUUGGGGUGGGGAGAUGGGUGUUGUAGGGAGCCAAGGGAUGGAGAAGAGGGUGGAGAAGUGAGAAUUGUUGAUGAUGAAAAGGUGCAGAGGAUGAGGAAGAGGGUGUUGCAGAAGCUGCACAUGACUUUUGGGGGUUCUGAUGAGGAUAUUUAUGCUUUUGGGUUGGACCGUGUUACCGACACGGAAAUGUUCUUUCUUGUUUCCAUGUAUUUCUCUUUUCCCCGGGGGCUUGGGGGUCCAGGUAAGUGUUUUGCUUCUGGGAAACAUUUGUGGAUUUCGGAUAUGUUCAAAUCUGGUUUUGAUUACUGUGUGAGGUCUUUCUUGGCCAAAUCUGCUGGGAUUCAGACUGUUGUUUUGGUGCCUACUGAUUUGGGGGUGGUGGAGAUGGGGUCUGUGAGGACGGUAGAUGAGAGCUUUGAGUUGUUGCAGGCUGUCAAAUCUGUGUUUUCUGCACCUUUGGUCCUCCCCAAGGUUAAGCCAACUGCACCAUUGGAUUUGGUGAGUGAAAAGAGAGAUGGGAAUGAGAGUGCAAAUGCUCUUUUUUGUGGUUUGGCAAUUGUGGAUAAGAAUAAGAAUAACAACAGCCACAGUAAUAACAGGGUAGAGGGAGUUGGUGUUCCAAAGAUUUUUGGGCAGGAUUUGAAUUGUUCCACUCAAUUUAGAGAAAAACUGGCUGUGAGGAAAAUGGAGGAGAGGCCAUGGCCGUGGGGAGGUCAUCCCCCCAACGGAAAUAGUAUUGGCUUUCCUAAUGGUGUUCAUGGUUCUAGUUGGGGGGCUGGUGAAGUUGUGAGGCAGCUUGGUCAUCCUGAAAUUCUUGCUCCUAGGUUGGCCAGCUCUGGAGCUUUGCCGGAUGUUGCCAAUAGUGCGAAGAAUGAUUUUGUGCAUAACAACUUUCAGCAGCAACAGCUGCCUGUACAGAUGCAAUUUGAUUUCUCAAGAGCCACUUCAAGGGCUUCUGAGAGAUCAAUCAUUGCGGAGUCUGAGAUUUCUGAUAUUAAGGCGUCGUGCAAGGAGGAGAGAAUGAGUAUUGCCGAUGACAGGAGGCCGAGGAAGCGGGGGAGGAAGCCGGCUAAUGGAAGGGAGGAACCCCUCAAUCAUGUGGAGGCUGAGAGGCAAAGGCGGGAGAAGCUGAACCAGCGAUUCUAUGCACUGCGAGCCGUUGUUCCAAACAUCUCUAAGAUGGAUAAGGCAUCGCUGUUGGGAGAUGCUAUUGCUUACAUCAACCAGCUUCAAGCAAAACUCAAGACCAUGGAGUUUGAGAGAGAGAGGUUUGGAAGCACUUGUGUGGAUGGACCAGUAUUGGAUGUCAAUGCAGAAGUAGAAAAAAAUCAUCACAACGGAGCUCCUGAUAUGGACGUGCAAGCUGCACAGGAUGGGGUCAUUGUAAAGGUGAGCUGUCCUAUCGAUGUUCAUCCUGUUUCAAAAGUCAUUCAAACCUUCAAAGAGGCAGAAAUUGGUGUUGUUGAAUCAAGACUUACUGUUGCAAACGAUACUGUUUUCCAUACAUUUGUAGUUAAAUCCGAAGGACCUGAUCAAGUAACAAAGGAUAAGUUGAUUGCAUUGUUUUCCAAAGAAUCCAACUUCAUACAAACACUAUGAUUUGGAGAAUUGCAAUCAACAUACUCCAUAGGCUUUACACAUAUAGAAGAGCCAAAUAUGUAUCUUCAGAAAUUUUGUUAUACCAUAGAGAUUCUAAAACUAAAGCAGUGGGAACUAGAGAAUUAGAAUAAUAACUUCUAUUAACCCUCUAGGGCUGCCAAUUUAUGUUUGUCUAUAAAUAUACAGUUGAUCAAUAUUGUUUCUGCAAUGUCAAUUAUUUUGUUUAGUUUAACUAUUGUACCAUUUUACCUUGGUCAGAGGCUCAUAGCUUCGAAUUUCUUUCUUUUGUUUUUCUUUUCUUGUAUUUUGUAUUCUACACAAGUUUUGUGCAGCGAAAUAUUAGUUAAUUGUCCACUGAUUU